GCACGGGAAAGAUCGCACCCGAUGAAGACGCUGGCGGAACCGUUCCUCCUUGUGACUGAAGGCACGUCGACACCAUCCCCGCCGCCAUCCAGUAGCAAGCGAUUCCUUGUGUGCAUGGGAUGCGGCUUGGCCCUCUUCCUUGCCUCGUUUCUCAUGUUUCCGUUCUCGAUGGCUGCGUUUGGCUUGCUAUACUCGACAGGGUCCAUUGUCUUCAUGGGAUCGACGUUGUUUGUCGCGCCGAUCAAGCAGCAACUUGACACCCUGCGUGCAAACUCGAACCGAGCGACGUGCUUGGCCAUGUACCUGUGCUCCAUCAUGCUCACGCUCUUCUUUGCACUGUAUCCCGGCCUGUGGUUUCGAUCCAUGCUCGUCCUUCUGUCGGUGUGCAUGCAAUGCGCAACGUUGGCAUGGUAUUGCAUCAGUUACUUUCCGCGCGUCCAAGCAGGGCUUCGCGCCGCGAGUAUGUACGUUUUGGUACCAUAAAGGACACAUUUAUACAAAUCCUUGCAUUAUGGAG